CUUCACAAGCCAGCGCUGCAGCAACAGUGCAACAAUUUAAAUGGCUGCCGAAAAGGAGCCUGAUCUAAUUGAAGAGACAGAGGAGGAAGAGGAAAUUUGCAAUGAACCUCUAGUACUGCAGAACAACGGCCACGACCCCCCACUCACGGAAGAGAAGGUUUCUCUGCUUGACAGCAGAAGCUUUACAGCUAGCUUUAGGAAAGAGAGUGACACACCUGUUCCUCAAAUAGGAAGGGAAGAUGAUCAAACCGAAUAUGAUGACGACAAUGACGAUGAUGAUGACAAGUCUCUAUUACCAGAAAAAUACUCUCGCCUCUCUUUCCUAGACUGUAUUGGUCUAAGAGCAUUCGUGGCUUCUUAUCGCUCCACUAACCCACAAAAGAGAAUCACACCAUUUGCCAUUGUCCUCCUACUGGUCCUCCUCUUGUUAUAUGUCCUUAAUCAAGCUGAUAGACUAGUAUUAGCCGUCCUCAUACCAUCCGGUCUUCGUUGCAAUGACGAUGAUAAUAAUUCCACUUCUGAUUCAACCAGUCACUGUCCAGCACCACCUGCUAGUAAUGCAAGUGUUAACUCCACAGCAUUAAACAGUGACUGUAUUUCGUUUGGUGAUACAGAGCAAGGUCUAUUAACUGGACCUGCUUUUGUUGUAGUCUACGUUAUUACUGGCCUGCCUCUCGCUUAUCUGGCUGAUACAAGGUCACGCCCACUUGUUUUAUUGGUAGGCGUUGGUUUCUGGUCUGUGAUGGUGUUUUUGACUGGUUUUGUGAAGCAGUUCUGGCAGCUCCUGGUGUUGAGAAUAAUGUUAGGCAUUGGAGAGGCUUCCUUCAAUCCAGUGGCUUAUUCUUUAAUGGCUGAUUUCUUUCCGGUUCGUAACAGAGCAUCAGUCUUCUCUUUUUACAACUAUGGAGUGUACUUUGGUGGUGCUUUUGGUUGGAUGUCUGGUGCCAUUACAGGAGUCUUAGACUGGAGAUGGACAUUCAGAAUACUUGGUAUAGUAGGAAUGGGAAUGCUACCACUAGCAAUGAUGGCUUUAUGGGAACCAAAGAGGAUCAGAGAAAAGAGGAAGAAGAGACUCAGAGGAAAGUCUUAUUACACUGUUUGGGAAACAUUCAAGUACUUGAUAAGAUGUCCUCCAUACAUAUUACUAAUAAUUGCUGGAUCAGUGAGAAACAUACCAGGCUAUGCAUUAGGGUACUGGCUACCAACCUAUUACUCAAGAGUGUUUCAAGUUGGAUCACACGACUAUGGGCCCAAGGUCGGGCUUGUUGUUCUCUUUGGUGGAGGAUUGGGCUGUUUUUUGGGUGGAGCUUUAUCUGACUGGUUAUCAAGACAUAGGCAGGGAGCCAAGGCUUAUGUGAUUGCUGUUAGUCAGGUGCUAGCAGCUCCAGCCAUUAUUGGUGUCCUAAUGGUGGACUCACCCACCACCUCUUAUGGUUUAUUAUUCAUUGCCUAUGUGACAGCUGAGACAUGGCUCGGACCAGCAGCUGCUUUAGUUCAAGAUAUCACUCUGCCUGGGAUGAGAGCCCAAGCCUCUGCUGUGUACAUUGGUGUAAUCUCAAUAGUGGCCAGCAUUGGACCAGUACUGGUUCCUCUGUUUUCUGAUCAUGUCCCUGCCUUUUCUGACUGUCUUGGUUUACGUUAUGCUCUCCUUUGCACUGUUCCUACCUUUUACUUCAUCUCUGCUUUGAUUUUCGGCUCACUUGGUCUAGUAAUGAAGUACUGGGCACAGAAACAUAAGAACAAAUCUGGUAGCUAUGCUAUUUUUACCGACGCCAUUGCUACUAGCAACGAGAAUGGGAAGGCCACCUAGCAACUAUUUUCC